CUUUUAAAGUUCUCCUUGGUCAGAAUUUCAAGCUUGGAUUGGUAAUCACUAAUGAGUAAUGACUAUUUCCAUCUAUAUGCAUGUAUUCAAUCUCUCACCACCCCACUAAAUCUACUCCCUAUAUAAUGCCCAUUUUUCCAUUCCCUCCUACAUAACUCACCUAAACCUAAAUCAUUUCCUCCCUUUUCUAUCUUAGCUUCCCAAUAUAUACAUACACUAUUCCUUAAGAUUUCAUUUAUUUCUAUUAUCUUAGCUUCUCAAUAUACACAAUUCCUUUUCCGGAACAAGAACAAACCUACAAACCAACAUAAAUUUUUGCUAAUUCAGACUUAAUUAGCAAUACUUAAUUAAUUGUAUUCAAUUCUAAAAAAUUUCAAAAAUCAUUAAAUUAUCCAUUUUUUUCAUCACUUGAUAAAAUACAUAAAAUGGGUUCCUUAGACAUCAAGCAAGAAUCAAGCCCAUACACCAUGACAAACCCAUUAGACUCCGAAGAAUUCAGAAAACAAGGCUACAUGGUAAUAGAUUUCCUAGCUGAAUACUACAAAUCCCUAGAAAAAUACCCGGUUCGAAGCCAAGUCGAACCGGGUUAUCUCCGAAAACGGUUACCCGAAUCCGCCCCACACAAACCCGAAUCCAUGGAUACCAUUCUUAAAGAUAUCCAAACCGAUAUCAUACCCGGUUUAACCCAUUGGCAAAGCCCUAAUUAUUAUGCUUACUUCCCAAGUAGUGGGAGUACAGCUGGCUUACUAGGAGAAACCCUAGCUUCUGGGUUUAACGUUGUUGGGUUUAACUGGAUCUCUUCUCCAGCUGCCACUGAACUUGAAACUAUUGUCAUGGAUUGGUUAGCUAACAUGCUUAACCUACCAAAUUCCUUCACUUUUUCCGGUAAUGGCGGCGGGGUCAUGAUGGGUACCACCUGUGAAGCCAUUUUAACCACCAUUACAGCAGCUAGAGAUACCUUCUUAAACAAAUACGGACCUGAUACCAUAUCCAAACUUGUGGUAUACGGGUCCGAUCAGACCCAUUGUUCUUUCUUCAAAUCCGCCAAAAUAGCCGGAAUUUCCCCAUCAAAUUUCAGAACCAUUAAAACCACCAGAUCCAAUUCUUAUUCCCUUUUACCAGAAUCACUCAAAUCCGCCAUUGAAGCAGAUCUUAAAAAUGGGUUAAUCCCACUUUUUCUUGUUGCCACCGUGGGGACCACCUCAACCGCCGCCGUAGACCCGUUGGGCCCACUUUGUGACGUUGCAAAAGAGUAUAACAUGUGGGUCCAUGUUGAUGCUGCUUAUGCGGGUAAUGCUUGUAUUUGUCCUGAACUCCGUUACAUGAUUAACGGCGUUGAAAAAGCUGAUUCUUUUAGCUUUAAUGCUCAUAAAUGGUUUUUAACGACGUUGGAUUGUUGUUGUCUUUUCGUGAAAAACCCAAAUGCUUUGGUACGAUGUUUAUCCACAAAUCCUGAAUAUUUGAAAAAUAAAGCAACAGAUACCCAACAAGUAGUGGAUUAUAAGGAUUGGCAGUUAACUCUCAGCCGUAGAUUUAGAUCAUUAAAGAUGUGGAUGGUGAUUAAAUCGUACGGUGUAGAUUACCUACGAAACUUCCUAAGAAGCCAUGUGGACAUGGCUAUUUAUUUUGAACAAAUGGUGAAAAAAGAUAAAAGAUUUGAGAUUGUUGUUCCAAGAAGUUUUGCUCUUGUUUGUUUUAGGGUUUGUGCUUCUGCUGUGAUUCAGUGUUGUGGACAGAAGUUUCUAGAAGAAGAGAAGUUGAAUGAGAUUAACUCGGAGCUUCUAGAAUCUAUUAACUCUGUGGGUAAGAUUUAUAUGACUCACUCACUCGUUGAUGGGAUUUUUUUGAUUAGAUUUGCUGUGGGUGCUACUCUUACUGAAGUUCAUCAUGUUACUUAUGCAUGGAAGUUGAUACAAGAACAUGCAACUAUUGUUUUGGGUAAAAGAUCUCCCAAGAAUAUUAUUUCUAGUCAAUGUGAAUGACACUUUCGGGUCGUUCUGGUGCUGUAUAAUAUGUUUCGGGUCUGUUCAGUUUCAAAUCGGGUCAAUUUCGAAUUAUUCU